GAUGUAACUGUGAUAUUAUUCUCCAUUGAUAAAUAGUCACAUUAGAGUAGAGAAGGAAAUAUCCUACAAAGAAUAACCUCCACUUAAGAGAUCAGAAGCAAUCAUGAGGUUUCCACAAAUAUUGGUACUGAUGUUGCUGGUGGUGGUGGUGGUAGUGAAGUUGGCAGUACAUGCAGCAAAUCUCUCGAACACUCUUGCUAAGCCUGGUUGUCCACAAAGUUGUGGAAACCUUACCAUUCCAUACCCGUUCGGCACAAGCACGGACUGCUGUCGAAAUGAGUCGUUCUUGAUAACAUGUAAUGACUCCAAGCCAUAUUUUGCAACCAAAAACGUAGUAUACAACUAUUUCCAUUCAGAAUACUUAUAUUUAGACAGUAACAUUAAUUCCAACUUAACUGUCCUUGGCAUAUCACUUAAUGGCGAGUUGCGUGUCUCCACUUGGUUAGGGGCAUAUGCGUGUUACAACAAAUCCGGUGGAUUGGUUGACUCCGACAAUUCACCGUUUUUCACAUUAUUUCCCAUCUCCACCACCAAAAAUAAGCUCACGGUAGUAGGUUGUGACACUUACGCAUACGUACAACAUUACCUAGGACCUUGGUACGCAAGUGGGUACAUAAGCGGUUGCAUGUCAAUUUGUGAUGAUUUUUAUGAUGUGGUCGCUGGUUCGUGCUCUUGUAUAGGUUGUUGCCAAACAUUGAUUCGUGAAGGAGUAAGCGCAUUUCAGUUGACAGUGAGCAGUUAUAAAAACCAAACAGAUGUUAUAGUCUUCAAUCCCUGUGGCGUCGCCUAUCUCGCUGAAGAGGGCAGUCACACAUUCUUCCCAGAUGAACUUUCUAAAAACAGGACCGUGAGCGGAUUUGCCCCGCUGCCGGUUGUGCUUGAUUGGGCUAUUGGCAAUGAGACAUGUGAAGAAGCCAGAACGAAUUUGAGCAGCUAUGCAUGUGGGCAAAAUAGCAUAUGCUAUAAUUCCACUAAGGUUUACGGGUAUCUCUGCAACUGUUCUCAAGGUUAUCAAGGAAACCCCUACCUUUCAAAUGGUUGCCAAGGUACGUAUGUGAAAUACUUGUUUGCUUAUGUCAAUUAAAGUUGUAUUCAUGUUUUUAACUUAAUUUAUAUUUUUC